GAUCCUGCAGGAAUCUUUGAACUGGUUGAAGUUGUUGGAAAUGGAACAUACGGGCAAGUGUACAAGGGUCGUCAUGUUAAGACGGGUCAGCUGGCCGCCAUCAAGGUCAUGGAUGUUACGGAGGAUGAAGAGGAGGAGAUCAAGCAGGAAAUUAACAUGUUGAAGAAGUAUUCACAUCACCGCAACAUCGCAACGUAUUAUGGAGCCUUCAUUAAGAAGAGCCCACCCGGAAAUGACGACCAGCUAUGGCUGGUGAUGGAGUUCUGUGGAGCCGGAUCAGUCACCGAUCUGGUGAAAAACACCAAAGGAAACGCUCUGAAGGAGGACUGCAUCGCCUACAUCUGCCGGGAAAUCCUGCGGGGUCUCUCUCACCUUCACGCUCACAAAGUCAUCCACCGAGACAUCAAGGGGCAGAACGUGCUGCUGACUGAGAACGCCGAGGUGAAGCUGGUUGAUUUUGGCGUCAGCGCCCAGCUAGACCGCACCGUGGGGAGAAGGAACACCUUCAUAGGCACACCCUACUGGAUGGCACCGGAGGUCAUCGCCUGUGAUGAGAACCCAGAUGCCACAUACGACUACAGGAGUGACAUUUGGUCUCUGGGUAUCACCGCUAUAGAGAUGGCAGAGGGCGCACCACCGCUGUGCGACAUGCAUCCGAUGAGAGCUUUAUUCCUUAUCCCCAGGAACCCUCCUCCGAAACUCAAAUCCAAGAAAUGGUCCAAAAAAUUCAUCGACUUCAUUGACACCUGUCUGAUCAAGAACUACAUGAACCGACCGCCCACUGAGCAGCUCCUGAAGUACCCCUUUAUUAGAGACCAGCCCACUGAGAGGCAGGUCAGGAUACAACUCAAAGAUCACAUCGAUCGGUCCCGGAAAAAGCGCGUGGAGAAGGAUGAGACCGAAUAUGAAUACAGUGGAAGUGAGGAUGAGGAGGAGAACCAUGUGGAGGAAGGGGAGCCCAGCUCCAUCAUGAACGUUCCGGGGGAGUCCACGCUGAGACGCGAGUUCCUGAGGCUGCAGCAGGAGAACAAGAGUAACUCUGAAGCUCUGAAGCAGCAGCAGAUGGGACCCCAGCACCGUGACUCCGAGGCGCACAUCAAGCAGCUGCUGCACGAGCGCCAGAGACGCAUUGAAGAGCAGAAGGAGGAGCGCAGGCGCGUGGAGGAGCAGCAGCGCCGUGAACGAGAGCAGAGGAAACUUCACGAGAAAGAACAGCAGCGGAGGAGAGAUGACAUACGACGGGAGGAGGAGAGGAGGAUGGCCGAGAGGGAGCAGGAAUAUAUCAGACAGAAGUUAGAGGAAGAACAGAGACAGUUAGAAAUUCUCCAGCAGCAGCUUCUGCAGGAACAGGCCCUAUUACUGGAGUACAAGCGGAAACAGCUGGAGGAACAGCGCCAGUCCGAGCGCCUGCAGCGCCAACUCCAGCAGGAGCACGCCUAUCUCAAGUCCCUGCAGCAACAGCAGCAGCAACAGCAGGAGAAGAAGCCCCUGUACCACUACAACCGCUCCGUCAUGAACCCCAGCGAGAAGCCCGCCUGGGCUAGAGAGGUGGAAGAACGUUCCAGACUGAACAAGCAGAACUCUCCGCUCUCCAUUACAAAGCUCAGCUCGGUAGAGUCGUCCGGGACCCCCAACCAGACCCCCCCAUCGCAGAGGCCGCUAGACCUCCAGGAGCAUAAGCCGCUCCGCACCGUCACACCACAGGCCCGCGCGGCCCUGAAACCCAACCCUCGGCCCAAUUCCCUCCAGGACCCGCCAUCGGCACCCAUGAUGAACCGCCAGCCAGCUGCCGCCAUGAUGCCUCCGGCCUCCCGCAACCAGCUGGCCCGUCAGAGCUCUGACCCGUCCCCAGAGGCGGCCCUUAUACCCUCCGCUCGGCCAGACAGGGGCCCCUGGGUGAAAAUGGAGCCAGAGACCCCUCCUCCAAAGGUUCCCCAGAGGACAACAUCUAUAGCCACCGCUCUGAACACCAGCGGAUCGGGAGGAGGCAGACCGGUCCAGGCUGUAAGAGCCAGUAACCCCGACCUGCGCCGUGCGGAGAGCGGCUGGGAAAGAGGAGACUCUCUGUUACAGUCUCCUCACCCGAACCUGCCCCAGGCCGGAUCUCUGGAGAGGAACCGUAUAGCUCCACAUAAAUUGGAGGAGUCCUCAAUCAGUCCCCCUGGCAGCAAAACCCCUGGAGAGGAGCAUCGGUCCCGGCCUGGGCGUCCUGCUAGUUAUAAAAGAGCGAUUGGAGAGGACCAUUUACUAGUAAAGGAUCGCCCAGAAGAGGUCUCAAAACCCCCCAAAAAGGCUCUGGAUUACUCCUCCUCCAGUGAUGAGAUGGACAGCAGCGACGAGGAGGAUGAGGAGGGUGACCAAGAACGGCAGGAACAAAACCGAGAGAACUCCUCGGCCAGUCGAAACGGUCGCGAUCCGGACACGGACAGUGUAAGCACCAUGGUGGUCCACGACGUGGAGGAGCUGGUGGGGAGCACAUCUGACAGCUCCUAUGGAGACGGCACCAUGAUUGUGCAAAGGACGCCGGAAGAGGAACGAAAUCUCCUGCACGCUGAUAGUAAUGGAUACACAAACCUGCCAGAUGUGGUGCAACCAAGCCAUUCACCUACCGAGCCCAAGGGGCCGGGCUCCUCCCCCAGCAAGGAGGGUGGGGGAACCGAUUAUCAGUCCCGUGGGUUGGUGAAAGCUCCUCCUAAAACCUCAUUCACCAUGUUUGUAGACCUCGGGUUAUAUCAGUCAACCGGUGGCACAGGCGACACCAUCCCGGUGGCAGGAUCCUUUGUGAGUGGAGAUGCGGCCCGACUGGAGCAGCUAAAGUACGAGGCUCGGAAAGGAUCGGUAGUGAACGUCAACCCAACUAACACUCGACCGCACAGCGACACUCCAGAGAUCAGGAAGUAUAAGAAGCGGUUCAACUCCGAGAUCCUGUGUGCCGCUCUUUGGGGGGUGAACCUGUUGGUCGGCACCGAGAACGGGCUGAUGCUUCUGGACCGCAGUGGUCAAGGGAAGGUCUACAGUCUGAUCACCCGGCGGAGAUUCCAGCAGAUGGACGUUCUAGAAGGACUUAACCUCCUCAUCACCAUCAGUGGUAAGAGGAACAAGCUGCGCGUCUACUAUCUGUCAUGGCUGAGAAACAAAAUCCUCCACAACGACCCCGAGGUGGAGAAGAAGCAGGGCUGGAGCACUGUCGGAGACAUGGAGGGUUGCGUCCAUUAUAGAGUUGUCAAAUACGAGCGCAUAAAGUUCCUGGUGAUCGCCUUGAAGAACUCCGUAGAGGUCUACGCCUGGGCGCCGAAACCAUAUCACAAGUUCAUGGCUUUCAAGUCCUUCACGGACCUUCCCCACCGACCACAGCUGGUGGACCUCACGGUGGAGGAGGGGCAGAGGUUAAAGGUCAUCUACGGUUCUUCCUCUGGUUUCCAUGCAGUGGACGUGGACUCCGGGAACAACUACGACAUCUACAUUCCUGUCCACAUUCAGAGCCAGAUUAACCCCCACGCCAUCAUCUUCCUGCCAAACACGGACGGGAUGGAGAUGCUGCUCUGCUACGAGGACGAGGGGGUGUACGUCAACACGUACGGGAGGAUCAUCAAAGAUGUCGUGCUGCAGUGGGGCGAGAUGCCCACAUCUGUGGCGUACAUCUGCUCCAACCAGAUCAUGGGGUGGGGCGAGAAAGCCAUCGAGAUCCGUUCCGUGGAGACCGGCCACCUGGACGGGGUCUUCAUGCACAAGAGGGCUCAACGACUAAAGUUCCUUUGCGAGCGCAACGACAAGGUGUUCUUCGCCUCGGUGCGCUCCGGCGGGAGCAGUCAGGUCUACUUCAUGACUCUGAACCGCAGCUGUAUAAUGAACUGGUGAAGGACACGGGACGACAGGGGAUAAAAAAUCCGCAACUCCCUCCCCCCUCCCCCACACACUGGAUACGUCUCCCCCCUCCCCAGAACUUAUUACUCCAUCUUGUUUGCUUUUAUCUGCGUUUUAAUUUAUUGGGAGGCUCUAACCCUUGAGGCUGAGUGACAGUAUAUACCGUAUAGAUAUAUAUAUAUUCAGGGCAGAGAGAGCGAGUGCGACGUGGAUUAGGGGCUUGGCCGCCCCCUCCUGACAUGGGGACGAGUGUCAUAUGGGUCCCCAGGCCCACUUUUUUUUGUUUUGUUUUUUUUACAUGUGUUCAGUUUACUGAUGGCACAAAGACGUCAAAGAGCUCAGUAGCGCCCCCCCCCCCACUCCUUAUGGCGCUAAACAGAGUAAUAUAUACCCCCCACCCUUAUAAUAGUCUCCCUGUAUCCCCUGACUGGUCUCGCGGGGGCUUCUCAGCCUCGGGGCGUCAGGUCUAUUUUGUGACUUGAGUCUUGUUUUAUAAGAAAAAUGAUCCAUUUAUAUAUGAAGCACUUUACCAGAUCUGAACCCAUAACCCGACGUCUUCGUUCCUUGCUGCUUUACUUGAGCGCUCGCGUAUUAUGCUCUAGUCACCUCCAGAGCUGCACCCACAAAGCUGCUGCAUUUGUGCAGUUGCCUCUAAAGCGGCAGGUAGCUAGUAUCUGUCUAUGCCAGGGUUUUCCAACCAGGGCUCCUCCGGCUGUUGCAAAACUACAACUCCCAGCAUGCCCGGACAGCCUUCAGCUGUCCGGGCAUGCUGGGAGUUGUAGUUUUGCAACAGCCCUACGUUGCGAAACACUGGUCCAGGGUGUCCACCACUGCGGCGCAUUGCUUUACAUGUCACAUUAUGGAGGCUGAGCCUACAAGUGUUAAGUGAGUGUCAGCUUUGGAUGUGUCCGGAGCAUAAGGGGGCGCCCUGUGUUGCGAUACUUCCACUUCCCGCGUGAUGUGCAGUGCAUCGGCACAACUUCCUAUUACGCUAAUUAACCCAUUUCAAAAAAAAUUUCCCCACAGUUAAUUUUUUGGGGUUAUGGAGGUCACUGACAUAGUCUAGGAAAGUUAAGGAUAUAUCUGCACUUUCCUGAUACUGUAGAUGGUGCUAGAGCAGCAGCCACACCCUGGAACUAGCAUGUAGGAUCAAAUAGGAUGUUCUCUGGUGUAUAAAUAAAGUUUAUUGAAGGGAGCACCGAGCCGGUUUACUCCUCUCUUCUACUCUCUGUUCUGUACUCGGCUUAUUUGUCUAUUCUGCACCAUACUCUACCUCACAUUGCGUGUCUGCACACGGUUUACCUCUACACUGUACUCCACUCUACACUCCGCUCUUUUCUUCUCUCCCGUAGACUCUGCUCUCCACCCUCAUCUAUGCCCUAUUUUAUUCUACUCUCCACAUCUACAUUCUUCUACUCCUGACUCUUUGUGGUCUACUUUUUACUCUGUGCUCAGUUGUACUCUCACCUUUAUUCACAGUUCUACUCUUGACCCUACUCACAAUUCUACUCUUGACCCUUCUCACAAUUCUACUCUUGACCCUUCUCACAAUUCUGCUCUUGACCCUUCUCACAAUUCUGCUCUUGGUCUGCCCUUAGUUCUACUCGACCCAACUCUUAGUUCUACUCGACCCAACUCUUAGUUCUACUUGACCCUACUGUUGGUUCCGACACUUGACACUACUCUUGGUUCCACUCUUGGUUCCACUCUUGGUUCCACUCUUGGUUCCACUCUUGGUUCUACUCUUGGUUCUACUCUUUGGUUUUACUCUUGGUUCUACUUGACCAAACUCUUGGUUCUACUCUACCCUACCCUUUGUUCUACCCUUUGUUCUACUCUUUGUUCUACUCUUUGUUCUACUCUUUGUUCUACUCUUUGUUCUACUCUUUGUUCUACUCUUUGUUCUACUCUUUGUUCUACUCUUUGUUCUACUCUUUGUUCUACUCUUUGUUCUACUCUUUGUUCUACUCUUUGUUCUACUCUUUGUUCUACUCUUUGUUCUACUCUUUGUUCUACUCUUGGCCCUACUCUUUGUUCUACUCUUUGUUCUACUCUUGGCCCUUCUCUACUCUUGGUUUUACUCUUGACCAUACUCUUGGUUCUACAAGUUGUCUCUGUUCCACACUACAUUCUACUUUCUUCAACAAAUUUUAUUCCUCAGACAUCAGAGAACAACCGGAUGUCCUACAUUAUUACUCCUGAAAGUGCAGGGGGUGCGGGGCUGCUGCUUCAGUUGGGAUUCAAAGUACCUCAUAGUGAGGAGGUUUUUAUAGUACGGCCGCGUUAAUACCAAAAAAAAAUGAUUAUAGAAAUACAGAGAAUUCUAUCUAUAAAUAUUUAUGAUCCCCGAUCUAACAACCCACCACCCUGCCACCACCUACCCACCAAUGUGUGUGAACUUGGGUCACUCCAGAAAUUUCCCCCCACAUUGUGAAUGAGACAAUCCAGGCUGAGGGAACUGAAUUUGCUAUUUUUGUAAACCCAGAGAGAAGAAAAUUAUAAGGAGGCGGAAAAUAAAUAAAAAAAAUAUUUUAUGUAGCAAAUUGUAUAAAGGUUGAAAUUGAAAAAAAAAUUAAAAAGGAAAAAAAAAUGCUGAAAUUGGUUAUAUGUUAUUGAUCUUAAAUAAAGUUAUCUCUGCUAGUA